AUGUGUUUGUUUUCUAACGAUGCUAUUUAAUCAUGCAAAUCGUAUAAGCAAAAUGAUUCCUUCGUCUUGUAUGAUUUUGUAAGUAAAGCUAAGGUGCUUAUGUGAAUUGGUCGGAGAAGUGGGAUAUGAUGACGGUAAAGUGAGAAAAGCAUUGAUGCAGGAAAAUAUUAUAUUUUUAGAUUUUCUGAUCAUUCGGUAAAGAUCAACAAGCCGUAGUAUAAAGCAAUUGAAAAUUAGUACCGGUAUGAAGUAUUUAAAGGAUUGGUUUAUACAUUGAUACACGGGUGUAAUUUUGUUUUCCUAGUCGAACGAAAGUCUAAUCUGAGUGCUUGAUGAAGAUUAACAAAACUGUUACCUAUUCGAGAUACUUGUUUACAAUAAUAUGACUCGUGACGAGUAGUAGCAAUUUGGCUUUGUAUUCGCUGGAUCAGAAUAUUUGUAUUCGAUACUGUUCGCUGCGAACAUGAAAUUGAAAGUUACUGUUUCUGUAUUGUUUGACGUCACAUUUGAAACUGAGGCGGAAACAUUUUAUGAUGUGCAUGAAGUGAAUCUGAUCAUUUGAGCUUCAAUGAAUUGUUUUAAUAAAUAUAUAUGAAUAUCGAGUGCCAAGAAUAAAAUUGUAUAUGAACUUUGAAACCUACACAAAAUUAAGUACCAAAUCAGGUGAAAAUAACAGGGAGUGCCUUGGUUUUUCAUUUUUGACAAACUGUGCACUGUGGCUUCGACAGAACUGAUUCAGUGUUAUAAGUGCCACAGAAUAGGAAGAAGCUAAACAGCUGUGCGCGUGUGUUUCUUGAGUGUAAAUUGUCUCGGACAGCAGUGUAUCAAACAACUACAACACAGAACACUGCCAAACCGAGUGGUGGUGAGUCACGAUGCUUGGACGUGUUCGGCUUAAAGAAAACGGCGUCAUGGACGAAGAGCUGCCCUCCCUCCUCGAGAUAGUGUUUCGUUUUUUGGCCAAGAAUUUGCAUGUGGUAUGCAACAUCGAUCCAGUGACCCAUCAGCUUGAACUGAAGGACGAUAUCGUCAUCCCGAAUGAGAUUUGUGAUAGAUUCCUGCGCUACCAGCAGGACUGCGGCCAGGACAUCAAUGAUCGCUUCAUUCAGAUAUUCCGAAACACCGAGAAUACACCGCUGCGUAACAUCCGGCUGCGUAACAGCACGAUUACCAAUGAAGGUAUGCGGAUCUUGCUGCGGCACAAGCUAACCUCCCUAUCGAUGUGGUAUUGCAACAAAAUAACGACUGCGUCCUGGAAUAUUUUAAUCGAGAACUGCCGGGAGUUGCGUUCGCUCGAACUGGGUCGAUUCGUCGAUAUGCUGAAGCACAGCGAACCGAACGAAAAAACGCCAAUAGAUUUUCAACUGGUACUACCUCAGCUACGUCAACUGAUCCUUAACGGGGUAGUAUUACAACCAUCGAUUCAGUUCAGUCAUUUAUCGGAACUGACGUAUCUGGAUUUAACAGCAUGCAUAUUUGCUGAGUUUAGCCUGAAAGCCUUGAUCGACCUACCCAAGCUGAAGGCAUUGAUUCUGUUCAACGUUUGGCCAUUGGAUCACGAGUUCUCCACACUGAGCAAAUUGAAAAAUUUACAAACCUUAGAUCUAUCGGUGUCCAGAGCGAAUGUGGAUGGAAAUUAUCUUACUCCCAAUAAGUUAUUGGCACAUUUAGUCGAAAAUCUACCACAUCUGCGUCAUCUAGACAUUUCCGGUACCAAUCUUGCCGGCGAUGGAGUAGCGACGAAAACCAACACAACCGCUAGUAGCUCAGAUAUUCCUGGCUUAGCUAGCCGCGCUGAUCGGCCUUUAGAUUUUCUCGGACUUUACUAUACCGCACAUUCGGCGUGCAAAUGGCACGAUAUACCAGCUCUAAAAAUCGCUGGUGAAGCGACAGAGGAUCAGAUUUUAGUUGCCGCUUCCGUCUAUCAGGAUCGCCAUGAGCUGCUAACGAAGGUACUCAAUGAUCUCUACCAUUUGCUUCGGUUUGAGACCUGCAAGCAAAUUCACAAUGCGCUGGACGUGGUGUUAUCCGCUAUGGACAAACACAUUCGUGUUAAAAAUAUUCAAAUCAGUGGCAGUGCCACACUGUUCUACAUAGUCAAAGGACGCAACAAGAUUCAAUUCGGUGUUCCUCUGAAGAAUCAUAUCAUCCACACGCUCCUGAAUGGCAUGUCGACGCAUCUGACUGAUGAUACGAUGAUGAGAAAUGGUUGUCUUACAUUAUGUCAGUUUAACAUCCCACAAGAUGUGUUAUUCGAAUAUGAAAGGCUAGUACGUAUUCUGUUGCAUGGCGUGUCAUAUCGAGAGCAGGAAGGAUUUGUUCAGCGUAUCGCCAUUUAUCUGUUAAACUCGUUAGCUUGUCAGGUGGACGGAAGUCAGAAAAUGUUUCUGGGAGAUUUGGGUGCUAUUUCGACCAUGCUCAAUUUGAUCAGUGAUCGGUUGUCGCGAAAAAUUUUCGACGAUGUGAUGGAGGUCGCAUGGUCUACCAUGUGGAAUGUGACGGAUGAAACGGCAAAGAACUGUGAACGAUUUCUGGAUGGUCGUGGAAUGGAGUAUUUCUUGGGUUGUUUGAAGCUAUUUCCGGAAAAAGACGAUCUUCUACGGAACAUGAUGGGUUUGUUGGGAAAUGUUGCAGAAGUAAAAGAUCUACGCCCGCGACUUAUGACACCGGAAUUCAUUACAGAGUUUGCGGAUCUACUUGAUUCGUCCAGUGAUGGAAUCGAGGUUAGCUACAAUGCUGCGGGUGUGCUCGCACACAUUGCAUCGGACGGUGAGGCGGCAUGGAGCAUUUCAAUGCCACCACGCGAUCGCGUUUUAUUACGCAUGGUAGAAGCGAUAGAACGGUGGGACUUAUCGGCCGAACGUAACAUCAAUUAUCGUAGCUUUGAGCCCAUUCUCGGAUUGAUUCGUUGUUACCACACUCCCGCUUGUCAACACUGGGCUGUUUGGGCAUUAGCGAACUUGACCAAGGUAUAUCCUACAAAAUAUUGCCGGUUGGUCGAAAGGGAACAUGGCAUCGAGCUACUGCAAGCUUUAAUAGAGCCUUCUCAGCCAUACCGCCGACUGAAAGAGCUAGCCCAGAUGGUCCUAACGCAUUGUCGCAAUUUCAACGACACCAUUGAUCAGUGCCGAAAAAUGGAACUGGACGGUUGAGACCAGUAGCUUCUAUCUCUCGCUCGAAACAUCGGAAGAGCAAGGCUGAACGUACGAAAUACCAAUUGUAGGAAUAAAACAUGUAUAAUACAGCUAUUUAAAGAUUUAAAUUAUUCACUAAAUCACUGUAUAGUGAUAUUGAUAACUUUGCUAAAAUACACUACACAUGUUAAUAGUUAGAAGUAUAUGUUAACUAUAUUCAAAUGAGUUCACAAAAUUUGGCAUCUAAACAAAUGCUACACAAUGUAAUGAUGGAUAACAUUUUAGGAAGCCACCGGCGCGAAACAACAACAAAUAUAAGCACACAUGAUUAGCCGUAAUUACUGUUGAGGUAGAUACUAAUAAACGCGAACUUUCUACACAGAACGUACAUCUAAAGAGUUUUUCUCCGCACUCGAAAACAUUUGCAUUGAACUCAAAAAUUUUGUCAGGAUUUUGGUUUUCCAAUUAUCUUUUGGUACUUUCAGAUACAGCCUUCGGUUAGAUUGGGCUUUCUAGACUGAUCGUUGCUUUUUUGUGUUUCUUCGUUUGCUUUGGAAUCAGAUCCAUUUCGUUUGCUCUUGGCAUACAUGACGAACAGUUUAGUUUGCAAUGACAGUGACAAGAUAUGAUUACAUGCGAAAGCUCAUUGAAGAAAUUCGGUCGGUAUCACAUUUCAUUUGUGGAAUGGUUCUGUUUCAACAGAGUUCGCAUCCGAUCCUUAGCGUACAGAAGAACCCGUUGCAUCGCUAGUACUACGGUCUUAUUGCCACUAAGAAUUUUUCCCGAUAGGGGCUCGAACAUACGAUCACUGACUAUUAGACCAGCGUUCUACGCAUUGAACUGCCAACUCGGACGGUCAUCAUAAUCAUUUAGUUAUCUCAAAACUUUGGUUGACUUUGGAGAGUCCAUUGUUUGGUAUUUCUAUGAAAAAAAAACGUAUUAGUAGUAUAUACAAUAAAUUUUUUGUUUUGAUAAAUGUUAAUGUGUGAGGAGAUACUGCACACGAAAAAAAGUUUUAUUUUUAUGUUAUGUUUUAUUUCUUUCGCUUGCUAAUUGUAAACAUUAUAGUCAUGCUCCGCAUCUCAUUUUAUCUGGCGGCAUGAGAGACGACAACACCAAUUUUUUCUAAGCAUCGCAAAGUCGAAAUACGGAUCUGUUCCAGCAUACAAAGAAAGUUUGCUUUGUAUUAGAACUGUUACCAUCUCAAAACUUUAUAGAAAUAACUCCAACCGAUUAAAAAUUUUGGACUUUUGUAACAAAAAUUUGAUAAGCAAUUUUAAUCCAUCUGAUCAGUCUGAUGGUUCUUUUGUGUGUAUUACCGUUGAGAAAAACUACAGAGUGCGCCAUUUUAAUCGGGACAUUGCGAAAAUUUGACAGCUCUCAAUAGUAAUUAUUAUAUUUCGUUUAUUUUACCUUGGAUUUAGAAAUAAAAAAUAAUGUCGUUUUACAAUUUAUUUCGGCGUGUUUCCAAAAAUAAUAUCCACCAAGUGCCCUUUUUUAUUGUUACACAUUUCUUUCACAUUUACCAACAUCUCGGGUAUUUUCGGUUUGAAAGUAUUCUGUCGGAUCUUUUAUUGUCAUCGGCAUGUUAGUAUGUGCUUUAUUAUUCGAAAAUUCUCACAAAAUAGAAUUCCGGUGGCGUCCAAAUUGGAUAUAUUGACGUCCGUUUUUGAACAACAUACGUCACGUGCAGGUAGCGCCAUCUUGAUAGGAACAAUUUUUGGGGCGUUCUCAGGGUGUAUGUAGAUGCCAAGUUGAGAUUGUGCCGGAUUUAAGUUUGCUAAACCUUAUUGAUGAAGUCAAUCGGUCGACAUUUAUAAAAGUUAUUCAAUCAUACAUUUGACCCGAUUCAUAUGACGCAAUUUGUAUAUCAUCAUCAUUAUUGGUGUAAUAUAAUUAGCAGAAAUUUCACCAUCUUUUUGCAUUGCCAAAAUAAACUAUGGUUAGGUUAUACUAAAAAAAAAAGAUACACGAGUGUUUAUAUUCUGGAAGUAGCUUUGCUAUUGAUAUCAGCUAAUAUUGUGAAACUAAAAACUCAAUAAAGAACUGAAAAACGUA